UGGGUGCAGCAGUAAGCAGAGUAAAGAGAGAAUAAAGAGAGGAGCGACAACAGCAGCAGCAGCAGCAAUAACAGCUGGCGGAAAUAGCAACAAAAAGAAAACUGACCACGUCACAGAAAAUUUGCAUUCCGGAUAUAAGAAAAAAAGCGAAAAAAUGAGCAAAGUAACAUUUAAAAUAACGCUAACAUCGGAUCCCAAGCUGCCGUUUAAGGUGCUUAGCGUGCCGGAGGCGACGCCAUUCACAGCCGUACUCAAAUUCGCCUCAGAGGAGUUCAAAGUGCCCCCAGAAACGAGUGCAAUAAUCACAGACGAUGGAAUCGGGAUUAGUCCGCAACAAACGGCGGGAAAUGUGUUCCUCAAGCAUGGCUCCGAACUCAGGCUGAUACCCAGAGAUCGUGUUGGCCAUUAGCUAAAUUCAUUUACCACUUAGCACGAGAUUUAAUCAGGAAAACAAUGAAAAAUAUGCUAAAAAAAAAAAAAUCUUGAACUCA